GAGAUGUUGUCCUGGUUUCUCUGGCUCUCCCUUCCUAACUUGGUUAACGCCUUUGCGACCUCAGGAAAGUUGCCCCUCAACAGGAGCCUGCAGAAGACUUUUAUAAUCCCGAACAUCUCGGGUUUCUUUUCCUGGGAUAACGACAGCCUGGCUGACUGGCAGAGCUUUGUGGGCAGGAGCCGGUACGGAGCGGAGUCGCAGAGCAUCACGGUGAAAGCCCUGCUCAUCACAGCGUACUCCUUCAUCAUUAUCUUCUCCCUCUUCGGCAACAUCCUGGUCUGUCACGUUGUCAUCAAGACCAAGCGCAUGCAUUCUGCCACCAGCUUGUUCAUUGUGAACCUGGCUGUAGCUGAUAUUAUGAUCAUGCUCCUCAACACGCCUUUUACUCUGGCUCGUUUUGUGAACAGUACCUGGAUAUUUGGGAAGGGGAUGUGCCACGUCAGUAGGUUUGCGCAGUACUGCUCCCUGCACGUCUCUGCCCUGACCCUCACAGCCAUUGCCGUGGACAGGCACCAGGUUAUAAUGCACCCUUUGAAACCUCGCAUAUCUACUGCAAAAGGUGUUAUCUACAUCUCUGUAAUUUGGAUCAUGGCAACUUGUUUUUCCCUACCACAUGCGAUCUACCAAAAACUCUUUACCUUUGAAUACAGUGAGGAGGUUACCCGGUGUCUGUGUCUGCCGGAUUUCCCUGAGCCUGCUGAUGUCUUUUGGAAGUACCUCGACUUAACAACCUUCAUUUUGCUCUACGUCCUGCCCCUUCUGAUCAUCUCUGCUGCCUACGUGACAGUGGCCAAGAAACUCUGGCUGCGCAAUGUCAUCGGGGAUGUCACCACUGAGCAGUACUUUGCCCUUCGCAAAAAGAAUAAGAAGACCAUAAAGAUGCUGAUGCUUGUUGUCAUCCUCUUCGCAGUCUGCUGGUUCCCCUUGAAUUGCUACGUCGUCCUCCUCUCCAGCCAGACCAUCCACACCAACAAUGCCCUGUACUUUGCCUUUCACUGGUUCGCAAUGAGCAGCACUUGCUACAACCCCUUCAUCUACUGCUGGCUCAAUGACAGCUUCCGAUCAGAACUGAAGGCUUUGCUCAACAUGUGCAGAAAACCUCCUGGGCCCACCAAACAGAGGCUUCCCUCCGUGGUCCCAUCCUACCGACUGGCUUGGCCAGAAAAUGGCAACUUCAAGAGGUUGCAGGCCUCCCAUGUCCUUCCAUCAGCCUCCAACAUCCAGUCAGGAAAGACAGACAUCUCUGCAGUUGAGCCGAUAGUAGCUGUGAGCUAAACGGUGGCCCUGGGAAAUCUAUAAGGACC